GAGCCCGGGGCCGGCCUAGAGCGAGCCGAGGACGGCGACAGAUUGACAGGAAACGUCGACGAUGAUCUACGAUCUGAAAGAUGCGAUCUGCCGGGCCCGUCUCAGGGCUGAAUAAUGGGAUCCAGGACCCAGGGGUAAGUCUCAGGUCCACCACCACGAUUGGUCGCCGCCUGCCUGGGCUGCUGCCUCUACAUGCCGAACUAUGGACGAGAACGAAUGCUAGCCAUGAAUUAGUACCACGCCUUUAUCACUCUCUUGCUAGAAUUCAAGCCCACCAGGGCAGCAAAUCUUAUGACCCACUCCUUCCAAGAAAAGUAUGUUCCUGAAUGGAAUUGUGCAGUGGGCGACAAUGAAGGGGAGAGUACUUGAAUGCCGGACUCCCUAGGGGGGUCCGCAUGCUGUCACAGGUGAGC